AUGUCUACACCUCUGCAGGCAGAGAAAAAACAGAAAAAGUAUGCCACCCAAAGUGUCACACUGCAGUUUAACACAGUGGACAGUGCCAGGCCUCACAGGCCCUCGCUGAAGUCAGAGAUGUUGAGCCAGGAUGACCCCAAAUCACGCCCAAUGCUAGAACUACGAGAGAGGCUGCAGCCAGAGGUGAUCGAGCUGAUUAAACAGCAGAGGUUGAACCGCCUGUGUGAGGGCACAUGCUUUAGGAAGAUCAGUGCUCGUCGCAGACAAGACAAGUUCUGGUAUUGCCGUCUAUCACCAAACCACAAAGUGUUACACUAUGGAGAUAUAGAGGAAUUCUCACAAGGACAAAUAUCACACGACUCUCUCCAGGAGAAAGUGACAGUAGCAGAUAUCAAAGCAGUGGUCACGGGUAAAGACUGCCCACACAUGAAGGAAAAGGGAGCACUUAAGAAUAAGGAGCUGCUGGAGCUGGCUUUUUCCAUUCUUCAUAACUCUGAUGUAUAUCUGAACUUCAUUGCUCCGGACAAGCAUGAAUAUUGCAUUUGGACUGAUGGCUUGAAUGCUCUUUUGGGAAAAGAGAUGACAAGUGAGCUCACAAAAUCAGAUAUGAACACUCUGGUUACUAUGGAGCUAAAACUUCGCCUCUUGGACCUCGAAAACAUUCAGAUUCCUGAUGUCCCUCCUCCUGUUCCCAAAGAGCCCAGCACUUACGACUUUGUUUACGAUUUUAGCCAACAGCACACUUGAGACUGGAAUAAAGUCCUUACUCAUGCUGAUAAACAGCUGUAAGUAAGGAGUGCCCACUUUUUUCUCUUUUUGCUAUUUGUGUUUCCUCUCGUGACAGAAUGAAGUUCAGAUCAUACACUGAACAAAAUUAUAAACAAAACACUUUUGUUUUUGCCCCCAUUUUUCAUGAGCUAAACUCAAAGACUUUUUCUUUGUACAC